UGACAAAAGAUGCCUGAGAUCAUUUAAGAGGCAAAAAAUACUCAAGCAUGAGAGCAUACAUGACCAAAUAAAGCAAGUCAUUUCUGCUGAGUGAACACUGAUCUCUCUAUAUAAGAAGGGAGGCUGGGCACCCCCAAGGACUGACAGACACAAGUCAAGAACCCUCAUUAGACCAUCAAUAUUUCUUUCAUCUGAGGGGAGGGAGAAAGUAAAGGGUCACCAUGGAUGGGGAAAUGGAAUGUUUUGGCCCGGCGGCCAUUUACCUCCGGAAGCCAGAACGAGAGCGAAUUGAAGCUCAAAACACUCCUUUUGAUGCUAAAACUGCAUACUUUGUGGCCGAGCCCACAGAGAUGUACCUGAAGGGGAAACUUAUUAAAAGAGAGGGCGGCAAAGCCACAGUGGAGACCCUCUGUGGAAAGACGCUCACUGUGAAAGAGGAUUCCAUCUUCCCCAUGAACCCUCCAAAGUACGAUAAGAUUGAGGACAUGGCCAUGAUGACCCACCUCAGUGAGCCUUCUGUGCUGUAUAACCUCAAAGAGCGCUAUGCAGCCUGGAUGAUCUACACCUACUCAGGGCUGUUCUGCGUCACUGUGAACCCCUACAAGUGGCUCCCAGUGUACGACUCAGUGGUUGUCACAGGAUACAGAGGCAAAAAGAGGAUUGAGGCUCCACCCCACAUCUUCUCCAUCUCUGAUAACGCCUAUCAGUUCAUGCUCACUGACCGUGAGAAUCAGUCUAUCCUUAUCACUGGAGAAUCUGGUGCAGGAAAGACUGUCAACACCAAACGUGUCAUCCAGUACUUUGCAACAAUUGCAGUGUCUGGACCAAAGAAACAGGAGCAGACUGGAAAAAUUCAGGGGUCGCUGGAAGAUCAAAUCAUUGCAGCCAAUCCCCUGCUGGAGGCUUAUGGUAAUGCCAAAACUGUGAGGAAUGACAACUCAUCCCGCUUUGGUAAAUUCAUCCGAAUCCAUUUUGGUACAACUGGGAAGCUGGCCUCAGCAGACAUUGAAACAUAUCUGCUGGAAAAGUCUCGGGUGACGUUUCAGCUGUCUGCUGAGAGGAGCUACCACAUCUUCUAUCAGCUCAUGACAGGCCACAAACCUGAGCUGAUAGAGGCCCUCCUCAUCACCACCAAUCCGUAUGACUAUCCCAUGAUCAGUCAGGGUGAAAUCACUGUUAAGAGUAUCGAUGACGUUGAGGAGUUCAUAGCCACUGAUACUGCUAUUGACAUCCUGGGCUUCACUGCUGAAGAGAAGGCAAGCAUCUACAAGCUGACUGGAGCUGUGAUGCAACAUGGAGCAAUGAAGUUCAAGCAGAAGCAGCGUGAAGAGCAGGCUGAGCCCGAUGGCAAUGAGGUCGCCGAUAAAAUUGCUUACCUCAUGGGCCUGAACUCAGCUGAUUUACUGAAGGCGUUGUGCUACCCAAGGGUGAAAGUUGGAAAUGAGUUUGUUACUAAGGGCCAGACUGUUCCUCAGGUCAACAAUUCCGUCUCGGCUCUCUGCAAGUCUGUCUAUGAGAAAAUGUUCUUGUGGAUGGUCCCCCUGAACGACUCAGUGGUUCAGCUCUACCAGAAGUCUGCAGUCAAACUGUUGGCUCACCUCUAUGCAUCACAUGCCUCAACAGAAGCUGAAGGUGGCUCAAAGAAAGGUGGCAAGAAGAAGGGUGGUUCCUUCCAGACUGUGUCUGCAUUGUUCAGGGAGAAUUUGGGCAAGCUGAUGACAAAUUUGAGAAGCACACAUCCUCAUUUUGUGCGAUGCCUGAUUCCCAAUGAAUCAAAGACACCAGGUCUCAUGCAGAACUUCCUGGUCAUCCACCAGCUGAGGUGUAACGGUGUGCUGGAAGGUAUCAGGAUCUGUAGGAAAGGUUUCCCCAGCAGAAUCCUCUACGGUGACUUCAAGCAGAGAUAUAAAGUAUUGAAUGCCAGUGUCAUCCCAGAAGGCCAAUUCAUCGACAACAAGAAGGCCUCAGAGAAACUGCUGGGAUCCAUCGAUGUGGACCAGACUCAGUACAAGUUUGGCCACACAAAGGUGUUCUUCAAAGCCGGUCUGAUUGGAGUUCUGGAGGAAAUGAGAGAUGAUAAACUUGCUAAACUGGUCACAAUGACUCAGGCUCUCUGCAGAGGUUUCCUCAUGAGGACAGAGUUUGUCAAGAUGAUGGAGAGGAGAGAGGCCAUUUACUCCAUUCAGUAUAACAUCCGCUCAUUCAUGAAUGUCAAAACCUGGCCAUGGAUGAAGCUGUACUUCAAGAUUAAGCCUCUGCUGAAGAGUGCAGAGACUGAAAAAGAGAUGGCCCAAAUGAAAGAGGACUUUGGAAAGAUGAAAGAAGAUCUGACAAAGGCUCUGGCUAAGAAGAAAGAACUGGAGGAGAAAAUGGUUUCUCUGCUGCAGGAGAAGAAUGACUUGAUGCUACAAAUUCAGUCUGAGGGUGAAAACCUCAGCGAUGCGGAGGAAAGGUGUGAGGGGCUCAUUAAAGCAAAAAUCCAGCUUGAGGCCAAACUCAAAGAGACGUCUGAGAGACUGGAGGAUGAGGAGGAAAUGAAUGCAGAGCUGACUGCAAAGAAGAGGAAGCUGGAGGACGAGUGCUCCGAGUUAAAGAAAGACAUUGAUGACUUGGAGCUCACCCUGGCCAAAGUGGAAAAGGAGAAACAUGCCACUGAGAACAAGGUCAAAAACCUGGUUGAGGAAAUGUCAUCUCAAGAUGAGACCAUUGCUAAGUUGACCAAAGAGAAGAAAGCCCUCCAAGAGGCCCAUCAGCAGACCCUUGAUGAUCUGCAGGCAGAGGAAGACAAAGUCAACACUCUGUCCAAGGCUAAAGUCAAGCUGGAACAGCAAGUGGACGAUCUCGAAGGUUCUUUAGAGCAAGAAAAGAAGCUCCGUAUGGAUCUUGAGCGAGCAAAAAGGAAGCUUGAAGGAGAUCUGAAACUGGCCCAGGAAUCCAUAAUGGAUCUAGAGAAUGACAAGCAGCAGUCUGAUGAGAAAAUAAAGAAGAAGGACUUUGAGAUAAGCCAGCUCCUGGGUAAGAUUGAGGAUGAGCAGUCUCUUGGAACCCAGCUACAGAAAAAGAUUAAGGAACUGCAGGCUCGUAUUGAGGAGCUAGAGGAAGAGAUCGAGGCUGAGCGGGCUGCUCGAGCCAAGGUGGAGAAGCAGAGGUCUGAUCUCUCCAGGGAACUUGAGGAGAUCAGCGAGAGGCUUGAAGAAGCUGGUGGAGCAACUUCUGCUCAGAUCGAGAUGAACAAGAAGCGUGAGGCCGAGUUUCAGAAGCUGCGCCGUGACCUGGAAGAGUCCACCCUGCAGCAUGAGGCCACCGCUGCAGCUCUGCGCAAAAAGCAGGCUGACAGUGUGGCAGAGUUGGGAGAACAGAUUGACAACCUCCAGAGAGUCAAACAGAAGCUGGAGAAAGAGAAAAGUGAAUACAAGAUGGAGAUCGAUGAUCUCAGCAGCAAUAUGGAGUCUGUCGCCAAAUCAAAGACAAACCUUGAAAAGCUGUGCAGGACAUUAGAAGAUCAAUUGAGUGAGCUAAAAUCCAAGAAUGAUGAAAAUGUUCGUCAGCUAAACGACCAAAGUGCACAGAAAGCAAGACUUCAAACUGAAAAUGGUGAAUAUUCGCGUCAGCUGGAGGAGAAAGAAGCUCUUAUUUCUCAACUGACGAGAGCCAAGCAGGCCUACACUCAGCAGAUUGAGGAGCUGAAGAGGCACAUAGAGGAGGAAGUUAAGGCCAAGAACGCCCUGGCUCAUGCUGUUCAGUCAGCUCGUCAUGACUGCGACCUUCUCAGAGAGCAGUAUGAGGAGGAGCUGGAGGCCAAAUCUGAGCUGCAGCGUGGAAUGUCCAAGGCCAACAGCGAGGUGGCUCAGUGGAGAGCCAAAUAUGAGACUGAUGCCAUUCAGCGCACUGAGGAGCUGGAGGAGGCUAAGAAAAAGCUUGCCCAGCGUCUUCAGGAUGCAGAAGAAUCUAUUGAGGCUGUGAAUGCAAAAUGUGCUUCUCUGGAAAAGACAAAACAGAGACUGCAGGGUGAAGUGGAAGACCUGAUGAUCGAUGUAGAGAGAGCUAAUGCUCUGGCUGCAAACCUCGACAAGAAACAAAGGAACUUUGACAAGGUUCUUGCAGAAUGGAAACAGAAGUAUGAGGAAAGCCAGGCAGAGCUUGAAGGAGCUCAGAAGGAGACUCGGUCACUGAGCACUGAGAUGUUUAAAUUGAAAAACUCCUAUGAAGAAGCCCUGGACCACUUGGAGACCCUGAAGAGAGAGAACAAGAACCUGCAGCAGGAGAUCUCAGACUUGAGUGAGCAACUUGGUGACACCGGUAAGGCAAUUCAUGAGCUUGAGAAGGGAAAGAAGACAGUGGAAAGCGAGAAGUCAGAGAUCCAGACUGCUCUGGAGGAGGCAGAGGCUACCCUGGAGCAUGAGGAAUCCAAGAUUAUGCGUGUUCAGCUUGAGCUCACCCAAGUAAAAAGUGAGAUUGACAGAAAACUUGCAGAGAAGGACGAGGAGAUUGAGCAGAUCAAGAGAAACAGCCAGAGAGUGAUUGAGUCCAUGCAGAGCACUUUGGAUGCUGAGGUCAGGAGCAGGAAUGAUGCCCUGAGAAUUAAGAAGAAGAUGGAGGGAGACCUGAAUGAGAUGGAGAUUCAGCUGAGCCACGCCAACCGCCAGUCAGCCGAAGCCCAGAAACAGCUGAGAAACGUGCAGGGACAGCUUAAGGAUGCCCAACUGCACCUUGAUGAAGCCAUUAGAGGCCAAGAAGACAUGAAGGAACAGGUUGCCAUGGUGGAGCGCAGGAACAACCUGAUGCUGGCUGAGAUCGAGGAGCUGAGAUCUGCUCUGGAGCAGACGGAGCGAGGCCGCAAAGUGGCUGAACAGGAGCUGGUAGAUGCCAGCGAGCGCGUGGGACUGCUGCACUCUCAGAAUACCAGUCUCAUCAACACCAAGAAGAAGUUGGAGGCUGACCUUGUCCAGAUCCAAGGUGAAGUGGAAGAUGCUGUCCAGGAAGCGAGAAAUGCCGAAGACAAGGCCAAGAAGGCCAUUACUGAUGCGGCCAUGAUGGCAGAAGAGCUGAAGAAAGAGCAGGACACCAGUGCUCAUUUGGAGAGGAUGAAGAAGAACCUGGAGGUGACAGUGAAGGACCUGCAGCACCGCCUGGAUGAAGCUGAGAAUCUGGCCAUGAAGGGUGGAAAGAAGCAGCUUCAGAAACUGGAGGCUCGGGUGCGUGAGCUUGAGGCUGAAGUUGAAGCCGAGCAGAGAAGAGGAGGAGAUGCUAUCAAAGGUGUUCGUAAAUAUGAGAGAAGAGUGAAGGAGCUCAGCUAUCAGACGGAGGAGGACAAGAAGAAUAUCACCAGACUUCAGGAUCUGGUGGACAAGCUGCAGCUGAAAGUGAAGGCCUACAAGAGGCAGUCUGAGGAGGCUGAGGAGCAGGCCAACACUCACCUGUCCAGGUACAGGAAGGUGCAGCACGAGAUGGAGGAGGCUCAGGAGAGAGCCGACAUUGCUGAAUCUCAGGUCAACAAGCUGAGGGCAAAGAGUCGGGAAAUUGGAAAAGCAAAGGAUGCUGAAGAAUAACCUGCAACCUCUGUGAGAGACACAAAUGAAAAUCAUAAAAUAUGCUUUAUCAUUGAACUGCUCUCACAAAGUAUUGGAGAUCUAUAUUAAAUAAAUGAUGUUGCCAGUA